CAGUUCAUGUAGUUUGAUAAGAAAUUGUGAUGGUGUCAAAAUACACUUGUGAAAUUAAUUAUGAACUAACAAUGAUUUAUUUUACAACCUACAACCUGGAGUCGAUUAAUAUAGAAAAAAGUUUGUUGAAUUCUUGACCAGGAUAAAAAAGUGCAAUGAGUUGAAAUGAAGAAAACGUACACCUCAACAGACAUUCACCAAAAACAGGGCCAAGAGCUCUCAAAAAAAUUAUAUCGAACUAUCAGCGAACAAGCCAAACGCUUGGACGAUGCUAGGAGCUGCGCCCGGAGUAUCGGAGACUUAUUUACUCCAAAUUUACAAGUGUUACGUAGGAAAUUCUGUGAAUACUGCGAACGAUUAAUAUUUUCAGACCCAGUCCUGUAUGGAAGGAAAGGCGAAGAACUGCUAUGGCGCAAAGGUUAUUAUGACGUAAUCGCUACUGCAAAAAAGCUAAAAAAGAAGGAAUACCUACCCGAAGAUAUAUCAAACAUCCAAGCUCAUAUCAAUGCAGGUAUCGGGUUCUACCACCACAUUAUAUCCAAAUUACAGUGUGAGUUCCACCUGGGUUUUAAAAAUGCCAUCGACUUUGCAGUAUUGCACGAAGAGAACAAAGAUUCCAGUGAAGUCAAUUCCGAGGCCCUCAAGUGGGCUAAGCAGUCUAUACACCAAUGCCUGAUUUAUUUGGGUGAUCUCAGCAGGUACAAAUUGGAAAUUUACCCGAAUUGGGAGCCCACGGUCGCUAUAAGGUACUAUUUACAAGCCAUAUCCUACAAGCCUGACUACGGCAUGCCCCAUAACCAGAUGGGAACGUUAGCCAUGAACCAAAACCAAUUUUUAGAAGCCGUUUAUCACUACAUGCGCUGCCUGGCAUGUAAAUUUUCUUUUGAAGGUACAACAAAUAACCUCCAUGGGUUAUUCGACAAGAACUCCAAGUUUAUAGAGCAGCUGCCUGACGAAAGUCAGAACGCGGAUUGCAUUAUCGAGCCUGGUAAGUCUGAGAAUAUCAAACGUUUCCUUGCUCGGUUCCUCUUGUUGAUCGAUAUCUGGUACUUUGACAAGAAGGUAGCGAAAGUCUACAGCUUAUGCCAUCAAACAUACAAGAACCUCGAAGAGUGCCUGUCGUAUUCCAAACCGGCCUCGAGCGAAUCAGGUGAAACCCCCACCGACACGGAAUCCAUCGAAACCGAGUCUGUCCCCUCGUUCCUCGGCAGCGAUAUGCUCUUCAAAAUCGUUAUUAUCUGCCUCCUGUGCAUAUCGAAACUGCGCUCAACCAAUUCGCCCCAAUUGUCAGCCGUCGUGGCUUUCACCCUGGCUAUUUACUCCCAGCUCAUACAGAACGUAACGGGGCAUAUCGCAGAGAGCGUUUUAAACUACCCGCUGAGCGAGACGGUGAAAAAUGCCAGGGGAAACGGGAUCCUGAAGGAUCUGAUGAAUGGCGGGAGGAAGAGGUCCAAGUCGAAGUUACGCAGGAGGAAGGCUUUGAAGGCGGAAAGUGACGAGGAGUCUGAUGCGAGCGGGGACGGGGAUGAGUACAGCAGCUCAGAUGAUUCCUUCAUAUCGGACAAUGAAGACGUUUUGGCCGAGUCUUCAGACGAAGAAUUGGAUAUUAUCAAGGUUUCCGAUGAAUCGAACUGCGGAACCCCGAAAGAGCCCCUCCUGAACGGCUUCCAAAACGGCAUCACUUCAUCGCCCGAGACCACCGCCGACGAGAACAAGACCAAGGAAGAUAUCAUCAAGAAGGUCCAGAUGAUGGACGUCAACGACAUGCUGGAGAUCAUCUCCGAAGAGGGGGCCUUGCAGAGCGUCAAAAUCCUGAACGACUGGCUCAAGCACGACCCCGACGUCCUCAAGUCCUGCGGCACCAACACCAGGAGCCUCAUCCGUCAGAUAACCCACCUGCUGAACCUCAUCAACAUCAACCUGGGCAGUCCCAAGAUGAUCGGGGUCAACAUGAGAUUGUCCGAGAUCAUCCACAAGCAGAACAAGCUGCCUCUGCCUGAAGAUGUGAUCCUCAAAGGGGUCGAGAUACUUGGAGAGGCGCACAAAGAUUUGGAUUGGAACUACGCGCAGACCAGGGGGGCCACCGUCAGAGAGGAGACUGUUGUCAGGGUGGUCAAAUUGAUUUCUUUUGGGAAAUUCCUCACGACCAUCGAGGAGACUGGGGUCACCUUCGACGAAGAUAGGAACGUGUUUGCCUGCAAGGAGGACGAGAAGGGCGAAGGGGAGAAGAUUUCCGCGACCAUAAUGGAGGACUUGGAGAUUCAGGAGGUAGACAACGGACCUCUCGUAGGGAAGCCCCCUUACGCGGAGGGCGACGACCACCACGAAUCCAAAGGCGGCCAGCUGACCAAGAUGAAGCACAUGGGCCAGCUGUGGCUGGCGGCCGAGGUGAGAGCCCUCGAGAGCCGCGUGGGCGGCAAGGCCGCCCUCUCGCCCUACUUGGUGCUCGAUGCCGACGCCCUCAUCAAGUACACGUUCAUGGUGAAGCACCUGGUGCACUCCAGGAAGUUCAUCGUCCUGGUGCCAACAGCAGUGGUUUCCGCCCUGGACGACCUGAAGAGGGAGAAGAUAGAGGCCCGCGACGCCAUCCGCUGGCUGGAGUCUCAGUUCCAGCGCGGCAACCGCUUCUUCAGGGCGCAGCGCCACCAGGAACGCGCUCCCAUUCCGUUUAUAAAAUACCCCAAGAAGAAAGACAAGGAGAUGCACGUUUACAUACAGAUAAUCGAGUGCUGCCACUUCUUGGCCGAACAGCAGAAAGGGGCGUCCAACGUGGUCACUCUCCUGAUCGGAAACCACAACGUCCUGUCCAACGGGGAGAACAAGGAAUUCAGUUACGUCGGCCUGGCGAAGUCGGCGGGCGUUGCGAUCGAAUCGAUCACCACCUUCUACGGAAAGUGGAAGAAGAGCAAGGGGAAGAGGUGAUGCGACGGCGGGGGCCGGUUUGGGAUCCAGAUUUCGAUAGGCGACGGAGACGACGUCGAUGCCGGACGUACCUGCUGCGACAGCGGCGCGUAUAAGUAUAUUAUGGGUUUAUUUUAUUACUAAUGAGACAGUUACUCGAUUAAGGGAUUUUAACUUGUAUGAUUUGGUCGUAUUUUUUUAUUAUUAUAUCGUUUUCAGUGUAGAUAACUUUUGUUCUAUUAAUAAACAAUUUUGAUGUU